UCGACUCUAUCAACUUCAACACCAUCAUCCACAGUGCUCCUUCAACCCUUACAUCAAGAUGCAUUACUCAUUACUAGCACUCUCCUUCUUCACGCUUACAUCUGCUUUCUCCCCCACCAUCCUCGUCCCCGACGCCGAAAUCCACCUCAUCCCCCACCACACCCUCUUCUCACGCCAAGUCUCGAACCUGCAGACUUUCAACGGCUCGCUCGGUGGCGCGGCACCUGCGAUCUCGAAUUCCGGCGACCCGAAGCGCCCGUUCGAAGUCGAUGGCGAUACCUUCACAGACUUCAAAUCCGCGGCGCAGCGGACGUGCGAUAACCAGGCGAAUACGUGCAGCGAGGCGGCCAACGAUGCGAAGGAUAAAGGGCCGUUUUCUGUAAACGACUGUAAUAGCCAGAGGAGUGAGUUGGAGAGGGGCUUUCCUUUGUGUCUUUGUUCCCUUGUUGAGCUGACUUGGAUGAGGUGUGGGAUGCUGAUGCCGGUGUAUAGCGCAGUGCGAAGCGGCGCAGGCGAGCGCCCAGACGCAGAGUUUUGAGGCGGUGCGGACUACGAAUCUUGGGCCGGAUCCGCAGUUUCCGGAUUUCGAUCUUAUUUGUGAUGCGUAA